AUGCAAGAGGGUAGAGAGGUCCCGUUAGAGUUCGCGUCUAAGAAGUUCACCGACGCGGAGAGAAAGUGGGAUACGAGAGAGAGAGAGCUCUUCGCCGUCAAGUGGGCUGUAGAGAAGUGGUGCGACUACGUAGCGCUCCAUCACUGCACCGUACGCGCAGAUCACGCCGACCUACUCUACCUUGUGGGAGUAGACAAAGGGAAGGUGUUCCGCUGGGCGCUGGCGCUCAGCAGGCUCAACUUCACCUUAGAGUUCCUGUCGGGAGAAGAAUAA